AUGGGAAAUUGUUGCUCUCAUGGACGAGACUCAGGGAACAAAGACGAAUCUACGCCGGCAAAUGGAGGAGGUGGAGGCGCCGGUGCUGGCACCGGUGUGGAAGCCUCCGUGAGAGCUUCUAGACACCCACCAGCAUCUCCUCCUCCUGCAACCAAACAAGGCCCCAUAGGACCUGUCUUAGGCCGACCAAUGGAAGAUGUCAAAAGCUCAUAUUCGUUAGGGAAAGAGCUUGGUCGUGGACAGUUUGGCGUGACCCAUCUCUGCACACAAAAGUCCACGGGACUACAAUUCGCUUGCAAGACCAUCGCCAAAAGGAAGCUUGUGAACAAAGAAGACAUUGAGGACGUGAGAAGAGAGGUGCAAAUCAUGCAUCACUUGACGGGACAACCAAACAUCGUUGAGCUAAAAGGAGCCUAUGAGGACAAACAUUCCGUGCAUUUGGUUAUGGAGCUUUGCGCCGGAGGAGAGCUGUUCGAUAGGAUCAUCGCAAAAGGACAUUACUCUGAGAGAGCCGCUGCUUCGUUGCUAAGGACCAUUGUUCAGAUUAUCCAUACUUGUCAUUCAAUGGGUGUUAUCCACAGGGACUUGAAGCCUGAGAACUUCUUGUUGCUGAACAAGGAAGAGAAUGCUCCUCUCAAAGCCACAGACUUUGGGCUUUCCGUGUUCUACAAGCCAGGAGAGGUGUUUAAGGAUAUUGUGGGAAGUGCUUAUUACAUAGCACCAGAGGUGUUGAGGAGGAAGUAUGGACCAGAGGCUGAUAUUUGGAGCGUUGGUGUCAUGUUGUAUAUCCUCUUGUGUGGUGUUCCUCCUUUUUGGGCCGAGUCGGAGAAUGGGAUUUUCAACGCCAUUCUAAGUGGACAGGUUGAUUUUUCAACCGAUCCAUGGCCUGCCAUUUCACACCAGGCUAAGGAUCUUGUUAGGAAGAUGCUCAACUCUGACCCUAAACAAAGAUUAACCGCUGCUCAAGUUCUUAACCAUCCAUGGAUCAAGGAGGAUGGAGAAGCACCAGAUGUUCCUCUUGACAAUGCAGUGAUGUCAAGGCUCAAGCAAUUCAAAGCAAUGAACAAUUUCAAGAAAGUUGCUCUACGGGUGAUAGCUGGGUGCUUAUCAGAGGAAGAGAUCAUGGGGUUAAAGGAGAUGUUCAAAGGAAUGGACACAGAUAGCAGUGGAACAAUAACUCUUGAGGAACUAAGACAGGGACUUGCCAAGCAAGGUACAAGGUUGUCCGAAUACGAAGUCCAACAACUAAUGGAAGCUGCUGAUGCGGACGGUAAUGGAACAAUAGACUAUGGAGAAUUUAUAGCAGCAACAAUGCAUAUUAACAGGCUCGACAGAGAAGAGCAUCUCUACUCAGCUUUCCAACACUUUGACAAAGACAACAGUGGAUAUAUCACAAUGGAAGAGUUGGAGCAAGCCCUGAGGGAGUUUGGCAUGAACGAUGGCAGAGACAUUAAGGAAAUCAUUUCUGAGGUUGAUGGAGACAAUGAUGGGAGAAUAAACUACGAAGAAUUUGUGGCAAUGAUGAGAAAAGGAAAUCCAGAUCCUAACCCUAAGAAGCGUCGUGAACUGUCGUUUAAAUGA